AGUUUCCUCUUCCCCAAGAACCCGGGGCCUUGUCAUUUCCACUUUUUAUUUUUUUUUCAAAACACAAGAUUGCAUUUUCUCCUCAUUUCAUUUCAUUUCAACUUCAGUUUCUAGACGUUACUUUCUCUCUCUCUCUCUCUCUCUCUGUGCAGACCCCAAAAGGGGGUAAGAAAUCUCUUUCAUUAGUUUUCUUGGUAGCAUCGAUGGAGAUGUUGUUUGAGGAUAAAUGGUUUGGUUGUUUAUUAAAGGCGGUUCUUAUUCUAUCCUUUGAUAUUUACUCUUCGGAUCCGUAAGCAACACACUCCAUACCACUUCACUGUUAUCUCCCUUUCUCGCUAGAUCUGUUUCAGCUUUGCUCUUCUCAGUGGAUUUUUUACUUCAAUCUUUAAUCUUUCUUGUUUUCUUGGUAACUGAAGCAUGUGCGGUGGUCCGGAGCAAUCAAAAUCUGAGUCCAAUCCUACGUCAACUAGAGAACCAACAUCUAACGCCAAAGACAUGGAUCAUCUAACUGUGAAAACUGAAGACUCCUUUUCCAGCUUACUUGAGCUUGCUUCUAACAAUGAUGUUGAGGGCAUUAAGCAAUCCAUAGUGCAGGAUGCUUCUUCAGUCGAUGAGGUUGGACUUUGGUAUAGUCGUGAAAAGGGCUCAAACCAAAUAGUUGCAAAGCAUAGAACUCCAUUAAUGGUUGCUGCUACCUAUGGUAGUGUUGAUGCAGUUAAGCUUAUACUGACUCACUCAGCGGCCGAUGUCAACCUAUCGUGCGAUACAAACAAAAGUACUGCCCUUCACUGUGCUGCCUCGGGUGGAUCUCUUCAUGCAAUUGAUGUUGUCAAGCUACUUUUAUCAGCUGGUGCUGAUCCGAAUUGCACUGAUGCCAUUGGCCACCGACCUGUUGAUGUUGUUGUUGUACAUCCAAAGCUUCAAAGCAUGAGAGCUGUUCUUGAAGAACUUCUUUCAGGACAUGUUUCUGAUGACUCUUUUAGGGAGCACAACUUAAGGAUAUCCAUUGAUAACUCUACCUCUAGCUCGCCAACCCUUUCUUCUUCACUGGAGAAUGGAUCACCACCUUCUCCUUCGAAUUUGGCAUCUUCUCCAAUGGCUUCAAAAUUCAAUGAUAUACCUGUUAAUUCUGCACCUGAGAAAAAAGAAUACCCAGUUGAUCCAUCUCUCCCUGAUAUCAAGAACAGCAUUUAUGCAACUGAUGAGUUUCGCAUGUUUUCAUUCAAGAUCCGCCCUUGCUCAAGAGCAUACUCCCAUGAUUGGACAGAGUGUCCAUUUGUCCAUCCAGGAGAGAAUGCACGCAGAAGGGACCCACGUAAGUACCACUACAGCUGUGUACCUUGCCCUGAUUUCAGAAAAGGGGCUUGUAGACGAGGGGAUAUGUGUGAAUAUGCCCAUGGAGUUUUUGAAUGUUGGCUACAUCCAGCACAAUACCGGACUCGGCUGUGCAAGGAUGGCACAAGUUGUAAUAGGCGGGUCUGCUUUUUUGCUCAUACAGCUGAGGAACUGCGCCCGCUGUAUGUCUCUACCGGCUCUGCUGUUCCUUCACCACGCUCAUCUGCAUCUGCUGCUAAUGUCAUGGACAUGGCUGCUGCUAUGAGCCUUUUACCUGGUUCACCCUCAUCAGUAUCUGGCAUGUCUCCUUCACCAUUUAAUCAGGGCAUGUCUCCGUCGGCAAAUGGCCUUUCCCACUCAUCUGCAGCAUGGCCACAGCCAAAUGUUCCAACACUUCAUCUCCCUGGAAGCAACCUUCAAUCAAGCCGCCUGAGAUCCUCCCUUAGUGCCCGAGACAUCCCACCUGGGGACUUUGACAUGUUGCGUGAUUUUGAUGCCCAGCAACAGAUUCUAAAUGAUUUAACCUGUUUCUCUCAGUCCCGUAACAACUCAGUGUCCGUGAGUCGCUCUGGUUGGUCUAAAACAUUAACUCCUUCAAACCUUGAAGAGCUGUUUUCUGCAGAAAUCUCUUCAUCUCCUAGAUAUACUGAUCAGACAGCUGCUUCUGCUGUAUUCUCCCCAACCCAUAAAUCAGCUGUUCUUAAUCAAUUCCAACAGCAACAGAGCAUCUUAUCUCCAAUCAGUACAAAUGUUUUCUCACCCAAAAAUAUUGAGCAUCCUCUGUUGCAGGCUUCUUUUGGUGUUGGGUCUCCUGGAAGAAUGUCACCAAGAAGUACUGAGCCAAUCUCCCCUAUGGCUGCUCGCAUCUCAGCAUUUGUUCAGCGUGAGAAGCAGCAGCAGCAGCUACGCAGCCUUAGCUCAAGGGAACUUGGAUCGAACAAUCCUGCUUCAAUUGUUGGAUCUCCUGUGAAUUCUUCUUGGUCCAAGUGGGGAUCACCUAAUGGAAAGUUGGACUGGUCAGUUAAUGGAGAUGAAAUGGGUGAAUUGCGGAGAUCAUCAUCAUUUGAGCUGGGGAACAACGGUGAGGAGCCUGAUUUGUCAUGGGUCCAAUCUCUUGUGAAGGAAUCCCCACCUGAGAUGAUGAAAGAGAAGUUGGCUGUUUCUGUGCCAGGUGGUGCACCACCUGGUGAGGUUCUGAAUAAUUCUAAUUCCCAGAUCGAUUCUGUCGAUCAUUCUGUUAUAGGAGCUUGGCUUGAGCAGAUGCAGCUCGAUCAGCUUGUAGUCUAGAGAAACAAGAGUUCAUUUUUUUUCCUCAUCAAGAUAAGUGAAAAAACAGAUUUCUCAAGGUACAUAAUUUUUAUGGGUCCUUUGCCAGUGAGAAAGAUAGAACUGGGAAGUGAAAGUGCUGAAGGCAGGAAAAAAGAAGUGUGGCGUAAAGAGUUGGUGGAAAAUUUCUGGGAAUUUUAUUCAAUUUUUUUUUAUCAUUUAUUGUUUACUGCAGAAUUCCUGCAAAAGGUGUAGAAAGCCUCUUCCUGGGCUAAAUAUUAAGCAAUGGAGCCCGGGUUCUGGUCUUUCUCUUCCAUCAUAUCUGUUUCUAGGAUUACUAUUUUUUACUAUGAUUUUCUUUAUUAAAGGAAGGGUAGCUACAUGUUUAA